AUGGACGAGAAGACUCCGAGACUUGGUGCUCCAUUUCCAUUCAUGUGUCCGACUUCAUCACCGUCUUCCGCUGUAUUCCCAACUCUACAAAUAUUUCCAAAUAUGCAAAAUAUGCAACAGCAAUUUCAUUUCUAUCAAUUGAUGCAAAUGGUUCAACAACAACAGCAUCAACAUCAGAGACUCAGUGCAGGAGCAUCUCCAGUCAAUUCGGAUCAAGCGUCGUCUAGAAGUGAAUCCCCUCAAAGUAAGAGUAAGUGA